AUGUCGGGUAACAACAGAUCUGUCUAUGAAGGCUGGACAAUGUACCAAGAUAAAACUUUAAUUAAUUUUGUAAGCCAACAUGAAGCUCUAUACAACAUCAAAUGUAAGGACUUCAGAAAAACGCACAUGAAGCUUAUUCUUUGGCGCAAAUUGGCAAAGCUUAUAAAAGGUAAAACAGAUGUUGAGUGCGCUAAGAGAUGGGCUUAUGUGCGAGGAUACUAUGUGCGACGAAUAGGAAAAGAAACUACAAAUGAAGCUGCAAGAAGAAGAGCUGAACAACUGUCAUCAUUUCUAACCAGCAGUACUGGAAAGAAAAGAGUUCCUGAAAGUUCUGAAGAAAGUAGUAAUGAGGAUGUUGACCUAGAAGAGGAAAAAGAAGAAGUAAAAUUGCCAGCAAAGAAACUAAAAAGCAUUGGUAUGGAUCAAGAAAAAAGUCCUGAAAAUUCAGAAACAUUGAAAAAUGGAAACAUUUCUUUGGAGGAAAGCUUGGAAUCAAUCAACAAAAUACAUAAAGGAAAUCAUUCCGAAGAACAAGAUGAGACGGAUCUUUUCUUUGCAUCCAUGGCAAAAAGUGUCAAGAAGUUACCUGAGAAGGAACGAGUUUACGUGAGAUUGGAAAUAGGCAGCAUAGUUGGUAAUGCCGAAUUAAGACACCUUGAGCACCAGAACUACAAUGACUGUAGUCGACUAACUUUUCCAGCUUCCAAUUCUAGUAGUAAUUUAACGAGUAAUUAUAAUAAGGAGGUCUCUGACAUUUUAUAA